UUCAAAAGGUGCCCCAUCUCCAUGGAAACACAGAAUCAUACACGUGUCUCAGAAUUCCUCCUCCUGGGCUUCUCAGAUGAUCCAGACCUUCAGCCCCUCCUCUUUGGACUCUUCCUGUCCACAUACCUGGUCACUGUGCUUGGGAACCUGCUCAUCAUCCUGGCUGUCAGCUCUGACCCCCACCUCCACAGCCCCAUGUACUUCUUCCUCUCCAAUCUGUCCUUGGCUGACAUCGGUAUCAGCACCACCACCAUCCCCAAGAUGCUAGUGAAUUUCCAAAUGCAUAGCAAAUCCAUCACCUAUGCAGGGUGCAUAGCUCAGGUGAACUUUUUUGUUCUUUUUGCAUGUUUGGAGAGCCUGCUUCUGACAGUGAUGGCCUAUGACCGGUUGGUGGCCAUUUGUCACCCCCUGUACUAUCUGGUCAUCAUGAACCCCCGCCUCUGUGGUUUGUUGGUCCUGGCAUCACUUUCCAUUAGCUUUUUGAACUCCCUGCUGCACUACUUGGUGAUAACACAGCUUGCCUUCUGUGCAGGUGUGGAACUUCCUCAUUAUUUUUGUGAAUUUUCUCAACUCUUCAACCUUUCCUGUUCUGACACCUCCAUCAGUAGAAUAUUAAUCCAUUUCAUCAGUAUCAUCUUUGGUGGAGUUCCACUGUCAGGGGUCCUCUACUCUUAUUCUCGAAUUAUUUCCUCCAUCCUCAGACUCUCAUCGUUAGGUGGGAGGUAUAAAGCCUUCUCCACCUGUGGUUCUCACUUGUCAGUUGUUUGCUUGUUUUAUGGAACAGGCAUUGGGGUGUAUACAAGUUCAGCUCUCUCAUCUUCCCCUAGGAAGAGUGCGGUGGGCUCAAUGAUGUACUCUGUGGUCACCCCUAUGCUGAACCCCUUCAUUUACAGUCUAAGGAACAAGGACAUCAAGAGUGCCCUGUGGAGGAUUAGCCACAGAGUAGCCUAA